AUGACUGUCUCAGACAAAGUCUACUCACUAACUCACUCUCAGAAGACGCUUACUGCAGCGCUCGCAGCUUCCCCGGCAUCAUCACCUGGACAACUCGUGAAAACACUCUAUGCAGAGCACCACAAGAAGCCCGUAUCCUCCACAGGUUAUUUGGAGCUAUUCAUGGGUGUGCUGCACCGCGGGUCUGCGAAUGAGACACGGCAGAUUCCACUUGAACCUACACAAGCGGAUCUCGACCGCGCAGCCGAGUGCGGGAAUUUUGGCAGUAGGCCAAGUGAUCUAUUCUUAAAGAUCUACUGUGACGUGCUUGCUGCGCUCGAUACAAAUCCUUGGGCUGGUGUGGUUUCGCCCCCCUUGUUGGGUUCUAGAGGCGUCGUGAACCUGAGCAUCAUUUCUGUCAUUCCGGAUAUUAUUCAGCAUCACUAUGACUGUAUCGUCCCAACGAACUUUUGGCAAGCAUCCAAGUCCGCUAGCAAAAUAUGCGAUGCCUUUCUCGAACUCUCGCGCAGAGCGAUGAAAAGGGGUAAGAAGGUUGUGGUGAAGAUGAUGUACGACCGUGCAAAUCUCAAGAUGCUCACGGAAAGCCACCUUCUUGUCGACGACGCAGAAAUGACCAGUGAUGAAGUAAAGCUCCCCAAGAGGAGCGACAUGCCGGGAAUCGACUUCGAAUUAGUGAAUUUUCAUCAGUGA